UUGGCAUGUCGAUUGGGUACACAGCAGUUGUACAGUUGCUCACGUGAUCGUACUGUUAAACUUUGGAAUUUAGAUGAAUUAGGAUAUGUGGAUACGCUGUUUGGUCAUGUUGAUGCCAUCGCUGACAUUGAUGCCUUAUCUAGAGAACGCUUUAUCACUGCUGGAGCCCACGAUCGAACGCUGAGGUUGUGGAAAGUACCGGAAGAAACACAUUUAAUAUUUAAUGGUUACGCAUCGUGUGUCAGUAUUGAUUGUGUGGCUCUAAUCAACGAAAAUCAUUUUGUUUCAGGAUCAGCUGAUGGAAGUCUGUGUGUUUGGUCAAUUUUCAAAAAGAAACCAGUAUGUUUACAAAAGGAAGCACACGGCUGCGGUCACGACAAUCAGCCCAACUGGAUAGUAUCGGUUGCAGCACGACGUUACACAGAUCUGAUUGCAUCGGGUUCAUGCGAUGGAUUUACCGGAUUCAUCAACUGUCUGAAAUUUUCGGAUGAUGGUGAGGAAGUUGUUUGCGCUGUUGGCCAAGAACACAAACGUGGCAGAUGGUGGAAAAUCGGGGAUGCUCGAAAUGUUAUCACAGUAUUUGCUCUUACAUAUACUGAGGAAAGUGCAUAA